GCUCGGCUCUCCGGCUCGGGUGCUGCUGGCUCGCGCCUCGACUGUUACCCGCACGGACAAGGGCUGCGCUCGUGCCCCCGCUCCCCGCCAUGAGCCCCGAGGAGAAGCCCCCGCCGGGCCGCUCCCGCGGGAGCCGGGCGCCACCGUCGCAACCACCCUGUGGCCGGGGCCGCCGGCGGGGCGGCUUCCUGAGCGAGAUCCGCACCGCGAUCCGCACCGAGCCCUUCCAGGAGCGCUACAGCCUCAGCCCCGGCAGGGAGCUCGGCAGAGGGAAGUUUGCAGUGGUGAAGAAGUGUGUCAAGAAAGAUACAGAAAAGGAGUUUGCAGCCAAAUUCAUGCGAAAAAGAAGAAAGGGCCAAGACUGUCGAAUGGAAAUAAUCCAUGAGAUAGCUGUCCUUGAGUUGGCACAAUGCAACCUUUGGGUCAUUAAUUUACAUGAAGUUUAUGAGACUGCAACAGAGAUCAUCUUAGUUCUGGAAUAUGCUGCUGGAGGUGAAAUCUUUGACCAGUGUGUGGCUGAAAGGGAAGAAGCCUUCAAAGAAAAAGAUGUUAAGCGGCUUAUGAGGCAGAUUUUAGAAGGAGUUUCGUUUUUACACAGAAGUAAUGUGGUACAUCUUGACUUAAAGCCCCAGAAUAUUCUGCUAACUAGUGAAUCUCCUUUGGGAGACAUUAAGAUAGUUGAUUUUGGCCUUUCCAGAAUACUGAAAAGCAGUGAAGAGCUAAGAGAAAUUAUGGGAACUCCUGAAUAUGUGGCGCCUGAAAUUCUGAGUUAUGACCCAAUCAGUACAGCAACAGACAUGUGGAGCAUUGGAGUACUAGCAUAUGUCAUGCUAACAGGGAUAUCGCCUUUCUUGGGAGAUGAUAAACAAGAAACAUUCUUAAAUAUAGCACAAAUGAACAUAAAUUAUUCCGAGGAAGAUUUUGACCUUAUAUCAGAGUCUGCUGUGGAUUUCAUCAAAACCCUUUUGGUUAAGAAACCUGAGGAACGGGCAACAGCUGAAGAAUGUCUGCAACACCCAUGGCUAGCACAAAGUGAUAUUCCAGACCCUGUGUGUAGCAUUAAGAGUACAGCAGAUGAGGUAAAUACUGUCAUCCAAAAAGAUGGAGAUUCUGCCUCUGAAAAUUCUACGGAUGCUGAGAAAACUGAAGGAGAGGAAUCAAUAGUGACAGAGGAACUAAUUGUAGUGGCUUCGUAUACGCUGGGACAAUGUAGGCAGUCAGAAAAAGAAAAAAUAACUGAGCAGAAAGCCAUUUCCAAACGAUUUAAAUUUGAAGAACCAUUGCUGCAAGAAAUACCAGGAGAAUUCAUUUACUGAACUGUAUGGGACUUUGUAGCUGUAACUUAAAGGGAAUCAUUCCUACAAAAAAAAAAGUUCAUGUCCAAGUGAAUCUCGCCUUGAUGUGCAACAAACUUUCUAGGUAAAAAGGAAAACGUUGAUAAAAGGCAGCUAAGAAAACUAUGCCAAGCUUUUAACUUCAUAGGAUGCUUAAACAAGAUUUCCAAGAUGGCUGACAGGAGUGCAACAGCAAUAAUGGCUUACUUUCUGUUAGGGAAGGUGGGGAGUUUAUACUGUUCUUGAUAUUUGAUUCAUUCAAACGUUGUCUUCAGAUAGUAGGGAAUACUUACUAGCUGUUCAUGUUCUGGAGAAGCUGAUGGUAUGAGGAGUUUCAUCAAUGA